CAGUCUGGGCUAGGAAGAGAUCAGACAUCAACGUUUACCAUUCUGUAUUUGUGUAUAACUCACACACACACACACACACACACACACAUCAAAACAAUCUGUCAGACAACCAAUCUAAUGCUGAUGCCCAAUAUGCUUCGAAUUUCCUUCUAAUCCUUAUGGUUUCUAUUAUUACGCCCUGCUGUGCCCCAAUAACGGAACCGUGAUCGGAUUUGCUGUAAUCCAGUCGAAUCUGGCCGCGCAGAUUGGACGCACAGACUGCGCGCGUGCUGGUGCGUCAGCAUCCUUCCGGUUGCUCGAGCUCCAGUACCAGACCACACCGUCUAGGAGGAUGCUCGGGAUGCUCGGAGCUCGCGCGUGAAGGCGAACAUGGCGCGGCUGUGCGCGGGGUGGCGCCGCUGGCUCCGGCCGCUCGUCGUGACGGUUUACGCGCUGCUCGUGGCCGUGGCCUUACCGCUGGCAGUGUGGCAGCUCCAGAAAGCCGAGGCUGGAACACACACUAAGGCGUGGUUCAUCGCGGGUGUGUUUGUGUUCUUGACCAUUCCCAUUUCUCUGUGGGGCAUUCUGCAGCAUCUCGUGCACUACACACAACCUGAACUACAGAAGCCUAUCAUCAGGAUCUUAUGGAUGGUGCCGAUUUACAGCUUAGACAGCUGGAUCGCUCUGAAGUAUCCCAGUAUAGCAAUCUAUGUGGACACUUGUCGCGAGUGCUACGAGGCAUAUGUCAUCUAUAACUUCCUGAUGUUCCUGCUGAACUUCCUGGAGACGCAGUACCCGAACCUGGCACUUAUUUUGGAGGCUCAGGAACAGCGAUUGCUUCUGCCUCCUUUCUGCUGCUGCCCUCCAUGGGCCAUGGGAGAGGUUCUUCUGUUCAGGUGUAAACUGGGAGUUCUUCAGUACACUGUCGUCAGACCUGUGACUACUGUCAUUGCGCUUGUGUGUCAGUUGUUUGGAGUCUAUGAUGAGGGAAACUUCAGCUUCAGGAAUGCCUGGACUUACCUUGUCAUCGUCAACAACGUAUCCCAGCUGUUUGCCAUGUACUGCCUGCUGCUGUUCUACCGCACACUGAAGGAAGAGCUGAGCCCCUUAAAACCCGUCGGGAAAUUCCUCUGUGUCAAAAUGGUGGUGUUCGCCUCCUUUUGGCAGGCUGUGCUCAUCGCCUUUUUGGUGAAGGUUGGAGUCAUCUCUCAGAAGCGUACAUGGGAGUGGGAAAGCGUGGAGGCUGUGGCUACAGGGUUACAGGACUUUGUCAUUUGCAUUGAAAUGUUUGUAGCUGCCAUUGCGCAUCACUACAGCUUCAGUUACCGUCCCUACGUGCGUGAAGACGAUGAAGGCUCCUGCUUCGACUCCUUCCUCGCCAUGCUGGACUUCUCUGAUAUACAAGCUGAUAUUUCAGAGCAAGUCCGUCAUGUGGGGCGCACAAUGCUCGGACGCCCCCGUAAGCUCUUCUUUGGCUCCGAAGUGGACAUUGUGCAGGGCGAGCACACCGGCCUCCUCUCAGGGGCAUCUCACGAGCGACUGGGAGCCGACCCACUCUCUGUCCCCACCUCUCCGAAGGGGCAGUACCAAGGCCUCGGCCAAACAGACACACCUCGCUCUCGCUCCGCCCCCACUGGCUUUAACCCCUCCUCCUGGAGGAGCGACAGUUACACAGUUACUGCCACUACCAACCAGAACACAGGAGUUAAGUCAUAGUUGGAGGGUAUAGAUAAAACACACAUCGGCAAAACCUACACCACACACACACACAGACGCGCACACACACACACACACACACACACAGAACAGAUGCUUAGCAUAUUUACAAGCUAUAAACACAAUCAGCACAUUCUAAAAUACGUCCUAUAGGCUACAAAAUGAAAGCAAGCUGUUCUUAUUAAAGGUCUAAUUGCAGUGUUUUUGAAAUUCUAUCGUGGCAUCCCGAUGUUCAGACUUUAGGUUUUGUAUAUUUGCAUAUGUGGUGUUGUGCAUUUUAGUGGCAUUUUAUAUGUUUUGCAUUGUAAAGUUGUUCAGCUUAAGUGCACUGAUGGUGUUAUAUUGUCUCCUGAAUAAAAUGACAGGGUUGCAGUUUGUAUUUAUGGCCAAAGCUUUAAUAAAAAUGAAUUAUAAUGUU